UACGCCUGCGGGGUGGAAGCUCAUCCGUCUCGGAGCAGUCGGAGCCCAGUUUCGCGCUGCAAAACAUUGAUCAGCGCCAACAUAGCCAUCUAGCGGACAAAUCAGUAGCAACACCAAAAGUCACCAAAAUGGCGCUCAAAGCGAUGGUUGGGCAAAAAAUUAUUAACGAAGUAUUGAAGCAGAAGUCGCAGAAGAAAAAUGCCAAAGAUGUGGACUGGCGUGUGCUCGUCGUCGACCAGCUCGCCAUGCGAAUGGUGUCUGCCUGCGUCAAGAUGCAUGACAUCUCAGCCGAAGGAAUCACCAUUGUUGAGGACAUCAACAAAAGGAGAGAGCCAUUGCCAACAAUGGAAGCUGUUUAUUUAAUUACUCCGACAAAGAAGUCAGUGGAAUCGCUGAUGAAUGACUUUGCCAGUCCCAACCGCACCAUGUACCGUGGAGCGCAUGUGUAUUUCACUGAAGCAAUUCCAAAUGAUAUUUUCAAUAUGCUUUGCAAAAGCAAAGUAGCAAAGAAAAUAUUGACAUUAAAAGAAUUAAAUUGCGCCAUUCUUCCAAUCGAGCGCCAGGUCUUUUCGUUGGACUCUGCAGACACUUUCCAGUAUUUGUACAACCCGAACAAAGCAGGCAUGCGGGCGGCAAAUAUGGAACGAAUGGCUGAGCAAAUUGCCACGCUAUGCGCCACCCUUGGAGAAUAUCCUGCUGUCCGUUAUCGAGGAGAUUUUGAAAAGAAUGCGGAGCUGGCAACUAUUGUUCAGCAAAAACUGGACGCCUACAAAGCGGACGAGCCGACUAUGGGAGAGGGCCCUGAAAAGGCUCGCUCACAGCUUCUCAUUUUAGAUAGAGGGUUUGACUGUGUGUCUCCUCUUCUUCACGAGUUGACAUUCCAAGCAAUGGCCUAUGAUUUAUUGCCCAUUGAAAAUGAUGUUUACAAGUAUGAAGCAUCCGCCAAUGCUCCUGAGAAGGAAGUUCUGCUGGACGAAAACGACGAACUGUGGGUUGAGUUGCGGCACCAGCAUAUUGCAGUUGUGAGCCAAAGCGUUACCAAGAAUAUGAAAGUGUUCAUCGAUUCGAAGCGCUUGCCGUCUGGUGACAAGCAGAGCAUGAAAGACUUGUCUCAGAUGAUCAAAAAGAUGCCACAGUAUCAGAAGGAGCUGUCCAAGUACUCAACGCACCUCCACCUUGCCGAGGACUGCAUGAAGAACUACAAGGACAACAUUGACAAGUUGUGCAAGGUCGAGCAGGACCUCGCAAUGGGCACUGAUGCUGAGGGUGAGCGCAUUCGCGAUCACAUGAAGAAUAUUGUGCCCAUUCUGCUGGACAAGAAUGUUACCAACAAUGAUAAAAUCCGCAUAAUCCUCCUCUACAUUCUCAGCAAGAACGGAAUUUCUGAUGAAAAUCUGACUAAGCUCAUCCAGCACGCUCAAGUUCAGGAAGAGAAGCAGACGAUUGUGAACAUGGCCAAUAUUGGGUGGAAUAUUGUUGUAGAUGGAAACCGCAAGAAAAUCUGGCAGCCAACCAGGAAAGAGCGCAUCACAGAACAAACCUAUCAAAUGUCCCGCUGGACCCCUAUCAUCAAAGAUCUCAUGGAGGACUGCAUUGAGGACAAACUUGAUGCCAAGCACUUCCCCUACCUUGCAGGAAGAGCUGGUGGAAACACUGGCUACCACGCGCCAUCCAGUGCGCGCUAUGGGCAUUGGCACAAGGACAAGAGUCAGCAGACAGUGAAAAAUGUCCCCCGGUUGAUUGUGUUUGUUGUUGGCGGAAUCAGUUUCUCGGAAAUGCGCUGUGCUUAUGAGGUUACUCAAGCGAUGAAGAAUUGGGAAGUCAUAAUUGGUUCGUCCAAUAUUAUGACACCAAAUGGAUUUCUUACUAGUCUGCGAGAGUUGAGCAACAACUAAACACCAGAAAAAAAUCUGCUAUACUUGUCAAGAAUUAUGAUCCACCAUCACCUGGGGCAGAGCCAAUCUACAUCGGUUCUAAACAAGUAAAAAAGAAACAUGAAACUUUUGCCUUGAUUAGGUGUUACUAGAUAGUGAUCAACCUAUACGUUGGUAUUUCUUGCUGGUUAAUUUGUUGCCCCUAUAGUAAAAUUAGUAAUUUAGCCUUUUUGGAUUUAAGCCCACCUGUUCAAUGAAUGGACUACUAGAAUCGAUGAUCUAGUGAGUCAGUAUUUGUACCAUCAUUCCUACCUUUUGUAUGAGUUCUCGCAUACUUUUUAAGUUGAGACUUACGAUGUUGAUCCUGAUAGGUCUUGGAAUUUUGGUAGUCUCUCGAUUGGCUUGUCUCGUUACCAAAAGAAAAUUGUUGCUAGAAAUUAGUCGGGGUUGGCUUUCGAGCAAUCACCUCUGUGCUAUAGCAAAGUUGAAAACGAAUGCAAUAAUAUUAAAAAAUUAUUGAUUAGAUUCAAACAUUAGAAGUUAAAACUGUCAAUUUUUCUCUUAUAUUAUACAAAGAUAUAAAAUGAAACAUAAAAUUCUGAAAACCAAGGCAAAAAAUUGCCAAUUUGCAUUAGUUGAAUGCAUGAGGAGUAUUACUUAGCCCACUUAGGAAAUAAGGAACUAGUCACUCUGAUAAGGAGAACUUUUUUGUCUUCAUGAACAUUAAAGAUUUCGAAAAGAGUUGAGGUAAUAAUAAAUUCAAGAAUGCAUAAGCUUUAAUUGUGAUUGAUUCAUACAUCACAUCCAAGACGAUGAAAGGCUUUCUUAGGUACACAAAAUUUCUAUACUGUAAUUAAAAAUAGUGAUUUUAAAUAUUAAUUUAUUUUUAAACAAACCAGACAGGACUUACUAUCACCAAACAAUUGAUUGAUGUUUCUUUUUAAAUCGUAAAAUUUAAGUGUAUUUUUGUAGUGAGAAAUUUUAAAAUCGCAGGGAGCCUUUCUCGCUAAUUUUUCAAGCUUGCGCUUAAACCUGCAAAGACGCAGAAAAAUGCACCUUCCAAUGCUAAGCAUUUACGUUGCCCUAGUUUAACACUUGCGUAAUAAAGUAAAAUUAUACAUUUCAUCUUCACACCUCAUAUAAAGUACUUAAAAUCUUGGAUGUGCUUCUCUCCUCAAUAAAUGUGUAGAAUAGUAAAAUUUUAAAGACAAAAUUAUUCAAUUAGGCCUACAUAUUGAGGCAUUUAUAGUAGGAUCGUGACAUGCUGUAAUACCGCUACUACUUUAUUAUCAUAUACAAGAAAAGUUAAAAGCAUCACAUAAAUUCAAAUAAAAAAAUAAGUAUUGCAUUAUAACCAAACAAGAAGGCAAAAUGUCAAAAGCUUCUCAUGAAGUUUUCAAAACAAAAUAAAAAUGUUAAGAUGAAAAACGUGUGAGCCGACAAAUUUUUUUCAUUGUUAAAAUUAAAGUUUUUUCCCAUUGAACAUGGAUAAAAUAUAUUUUAGUACACCAUUGUCCUGUCUUGUGUGCAGUUAAUUGUUAUAAAACAAUACAUAAACAUUUGUCAUCAAGCGAAAUAUACGAAAAGUGUUACAAAGGCCAGUCUGUUUUUGAUUGAUGAUUGUGUACUGACUGAAGUUAGGUUACUGUUGUGUUGAAGUUUUUGUGUUAAUUGGGUGGCUGCUCGAUCAACCAUUAUAUUAUUGUUAUAUAGCUAUGUUCAUUUCAUAUAAGAUGAAUAUUAAACAAAGAUAACUAUCCAAAAUAAACCCAAAAAUUUAUUCCUGCUAACAUAAUUCCAUCACAGCGGAAAUUGAAAAAUUGAAUCCUUAGCCAAUUCAAUUUUUGGACAAAGUAAAUUCCUUGAGGUUUUCAGGCCGUUAGUAAAGAAGAUGAAUUAUGACAAAUAAAGGAAAAAUUUAAAAAUUAAUGUGUGGAUUUGAAAAAUAAAAAUUUUACCUUGUAAAGAAUAA